AUGGUUGGUUUGGAGAUGAUUUUGGAGUUUGAUUGGUUGUCGAAAAAUCGGGUUUUGUUGGAUUGCUUUGAACGGACAAUUCGAUUUAUGCCAGAAGGAGAGAAUGGAGCAGUGGUAGUUGCGGGAUACUACCUGAACUCUGUAGUGGUACGCUGUAGUGGGGAAGAGUGUCAGGGUUACAUCUUGUUAACUGCAAAUGCUUCGGGCGAUACCCAAGACUUAGAUCAGAUUCUGGUAGUUAGGUACUUUUCGGAAGUAUUUCCGGAAGAUAUACCUGAGUUCUCACCUCAAAAGGAGAUUGAGUUUGCGAUUGAAUUGGUACCGGGAGCCAGACCAGUAUCGAUUACACCGUAUAGGAUGGCUCCGAAAGAACUGGCCAAGUUAAAGACUGAGUUGGAGGAGCUUCUGAACAAAAGGAUCAUUUGA